AUAUCACCAACCAUCAACACCACGACCCCAAAUAACCAUACCACAAAACCGCCUCAUUGACCGCCUCAUCUCCCACCAAAAACCUCAGUAAAAUACUCUGCGCGAAACCGUAACGAGGCAUUCUGCUCUCCCCCCGUCGCCCACAAUGGCCGACCGCAACCUCGCCCAGAUCCUUGCUCAGCUCAAGCACUCCCCAUCCAUGAGCUACUCCGACGCCAACGCCCUCCUCUCCAAGGCCAAGCUCGCUCUUCUCAAGCUCAACGCCCUCACGCCGUCCCCCAGCACCCCCGCUCCCCUCCUCCCUCUCGCCCGCGAGACCUACGAGCAGGGUGCCCUCUUCGCCAUCCGCGCCCGCAACCCCGACGCCUUCACCCGCUAUGUCCAGCAGCUCCAGCCCUUCUACGAGCUCCCCGCCUCCGUGCUUGCGCCCAACCUACCCGAGCGGAACAAGGUCACUGGUCUGAGCCUGCUUCUGUUGUUGACUCAGGGUCGAUAUGCCGAGUUCCACACCGAGCUUGAGAGCUUGGCCAACCGGGAAGGUGGCGGCGGUGACGUCGAGAGUGACCGAUACUUGGGCUAUCCCAUUCGUCUGGAGAGGUGGUUGAUGGAGGGAUCCUACGACCGGGUUUGGAAGGCCAUGAAGAGCAGCGAGGUGCCAUGCGACGAGUAUAGCGUUUUCUCAGAGAUCCUUAAGAACCAGAUCCGCUCCGAAAUCGCCUCCAGCAGCGAGCGCGCAUACCCUAGCCUCCCCAUCAGCUCGACAAAGUCCCUGCUCUUCCUCGACUCGGAGGGCGACGUCAUCUCGUUCGCCCACCACCGCGGCUGGGUCGUCCGCGACGGCCAAAUCUACUUCCCUGACGCUGCUGAGGGUGAGGAUGGUGACCAGAACAAGGAGAUGAGCCAGAUGGUGAUAGAGAAUGCUCUGGGCUACGCCCGCGAGCUCGAGACGAUUGUGUAGAGCUGCACUAGUGGAGAUGAAGGGGAAACAGGAUAUAGACGAGUAGAGGAAGAGACAACUGUUGUACGACUAAUUCAACUUGACGAUAUCCGUCCAUCCGACGGAAACACAAAGCAAGUAACCGUCCA